CUCCGAAGUGCGCGGCCGCCAGGGCCGGGCGCGGGGGCCCCGCGGGGCGCCAUGGGCGGCGCGGAGCCCCAGGGCGCCGCCGCGCGGAGGCUCGCCGAGGCCCUGGCGGGGGCCGUGGACGCCGCGCUCGAGGGGACGUUCAGCGGCUUCGCGCAGGAGGUCUGCGAGCACGCCGGGCCCAGCGCCGACCGCGAGCAGGUGAACCAGGCGGUCGCCGAGGUGCUCGACCGCCUGAGGCACAAG